UUAUUUUGGAUGCCUCUUUGCGUGCAGUCCAUUCGUAACGAUGAAGACUUCCCGAGGCGCGAGGGGUGCGAGCAAGGGAAGGAGUGCAAGAAGAACCGUCACAGUGUCUUCUCGGGGGCAGUCGGCGUGCUCCGAAGGGGUUGUGCAGCAAAGGUGGCCAGCGGAGAAGAACGCCGUUGAAGAUGCAAGGCGAGAGGAUGAUUUUCCCCAAAUGGGAGAAGAAGAUGAGGACGAAUAUGUUUUAGAAGAAGGAGAGUUCGUGGAAGAAGAGGGAGAGGAAGGAGAGGGAGAGGAAGGAGAGGGAGAGGAAGAGGGAGAGGAAGGAGGAGGCGAAGGAGAAGAAGAAGAAGAAGAAGAAGAAGAAAAAGAAGAAGGAGACGAAGAACAAGAAGAAGAAGAAGAAGAAGAAGAAGAAGAAGAAGAAGAAGAAGAAAUCGAGAACGACGACGAAGAUCCAAUGGAGGAGGACGGCAAUUGGCAGAGAGAGUUCCUCGAGUCGAGGCCUGUUCGCAGCGGCUUCAAGUACUUCUUUUGGGCCGUGUAUGUCACAGCUAGCUUAGCUUAUCUUCACGUCAAGACCAGCGGCACCGGUGUCUAUCUACGAAUCGGCGAAAUUUUAUUUGCAGCGCACGUGACGGAAAAAUAUCUCAUUGUGGAGUUGUGGGCCGUUAUCAAGGGCAAGCUCAUCAAAUGUCUGUUGAAGGGGGAUAAACUAAUGCCCAUGAAGAUGCCCAUCCAAAACAGGAAAUUGUUGACAUUAAACAAGACUGGUUGCAUGUGUGCUUUCAAACCCCAAGAGAUUUCGGAGCUCAUGUGUAAGAUCAUGAGCAUGUGGCAGAAGGGCGAGGUCAAAGGCCAAAAACUGAAGCCGGUUGCGAGGAGCUUCUUGAAAGCGGACCAGGAUCUGGAAACGAGCGAGUCCGAGGGUACGAAGAAAAGCCAGUGUGAGAAGAGGCUUGAUAGGGCGGCUGUGAAGGAACAAGAAAUGACGCUUCUUUAUCCUCGGGUGCAACUGCAGGGUAACAAGGUCCCCAUGGUUGCCGAGGAGAUGCCAGCGCAACACUGGAUAGCCAUGGGUAGUAUGGCUCCAGAGAACGCCAUCCCUAUCCUCCUUGAGGUCAUUGCGAAGCAGAUCUCGCUCAAGGAGAUGGAGAAGAAGUUCCAGCUUAUCAAGCAAAUCGCCUACGUCUGCAAGGCAUUCGCAGUGGGGGUGGGCGCUGCUGACUUCAAGGAGGCCGAGAAGGAGUAUCCUCUCCACACGAAGAAAGAGAUUUUGAAGAACUUCGUUGGUGGCAUCAGAAGGGGUCAGACGAGUAUCCCCGCACUGGAUGGCCAUAUUAAACGGGCUGUGGAAUGGAAGAACAAGGAGAGGAGACUGCAAGCAAAGAACGCUAUUCAGGCGUUUCGUUCGAAACCUCUCGUGGAACCGUUCGUCGACUGGACGGAGGUGACACACGACAACGACUCGGCGGAAGUGAAAAUUAUCAAUGGCGACAUGCGCUUGUUGUCGAAGCUGCAGACCGAAAAACUGUCGAUAUCUCUGGCUAUUUUCGACUUCCCUUACGGGUUCGCGCACAAGGGCCACGCAUCUGAUAAUGAGCCAUUUCCGGAGGCGGACGUUGUGGAUGUUCUUCACAAUCUGAAGGACGUUUCCAGUGCCCCGUUGUGGACAGUUGCGGGAUUCUGUUCCAUGGACAUGCUUCCUUCCAUCCGCUCCGCGUUCCGGGAGGUUUGCAAUGUAGGGCAGGAGCUUUUGACGUGGUGAAAGCCUAAUGUGACGAAUCCGGGUGGGCCCCGGCUUGUGAGUGCGACCGAAU